GUGUGUUUGGUUGUCUUGUAUAUCUGAACAUCGAUCUUGAUCCCAUAUCGAUGACGACCUUGCUUAUGGCUAUUGGAUUCUCAGUCGAUUUUGUCGCUCAUAUUACGUGGCACUAUUACAAAGGAGAUUUUCCGAACAAGCGAGAACGCAUUCGUCACGCUUUGGCCUCCAUUGCCUGGCCAAUGUUUCAGUCAGGCACUUCUACUAUGAUCUCUAUUGUUGUACUCACUGCAGUUCAUGCAUAUAUGGUGAAAGUUUUUGUUAAGGUACGUAUAGACAUCAUAUGGAUGUGCUCAUUCCAGCAUUAUUUUUUAUUGUCACACCGCCUUUGACA